AUGGCCUCUCAGCUUUGUUCACAAAUAAAGUUAAGCAAAGUACUUGUUAGGAGGAGGUUUCAUGAGAGUGGACAGACCAAUUUGCCAAGGUCUCUUCACUGGAAACCCUUGCGAUCAGGCCAUUUUGAAAAUCUUGUGCUGCGAUGCACCAAGAAUUUGUCAUGGGAAACCUCUCUUCCAUAUGCCUCUGCAGGCGAUGAUGGCAGUAUCAUCAAGGGAACAGGUGUUGUUGAACGUAUUGAUACAGAAGAAGCUCCACAGAUUCCAAUCCUCCGGAGUGAUGAAGAUGUUGUAGAGGUGAAUAAUGAACCUUCUUGGCAGCUAAAGGCAUUUAAACUGCCAAUGUGGCUACUAGGGCCUUCAGUUCUGUUGGUUACGGGUAUAGUUCCAACUUUAUGGCUGCCAUUGUCUUCAGUGUUUCAUGGUGCCAACAUUGCUGGCCUUCUAUCUCUAGUUGGACUUGACUUCAUUUUUAAUAUGGGAGCGAUGCUAUUUUUCCUUAUGGCCGAUGCUUGCGGCCGUCAAGAAGAGAACAAUAUUUUGAACCUGAAAAGGCAGAUCCCAAUUUCCUACAGGUUCUGGAAUCUGGCUGCUACCAUAGUAGGCUGUAUUGCUCCAUUUGCCCUGUUUUUUGCAUCCCGUAGGGGCACUCUGCAGCCACAACUACCAUUCAUUCCAUUUGCAGUGCUGCUUGGACCAUAUCUUUUACUCCUGUCUGUACAGAUGUUGACUGAGAUGCUUACAUGGCAUUGGAAAUCACCGGUAUGGUUGGUAGCUCCAGUGGUUUAUGAAGGCUAUCGAGUACUACAGCUGAUGAGGGGUCUCCAGUUAGCUGAAGAAAUCAGUGCGCCUGGCUGGAUGGUGCAAAGUCUUCGUGGCCUGGUAUCCUGGUGGGUACUCGUCCUUGGAGUCCAAUUGAUGCGUGUUGCCUGGUUUGCUGGACUCAGUUUUGCUAGAAAUUCAAGGUAUGGAGAAAGUGAUGAUAUGAACCAGUAA